AUAGUUUACUACAUCAAAUGCUCGGUAUUCGCUUCAUUAGUACAUGAUCGUAUAAAACUGACAGAUUGUUACAACUUGUAAAUAACAUGUCAGCAACAAUAACCAUUGCCAUUAUAUUAACAUGUUCUUUGAUUGGAGCUAUGUUUCUCUCUGCGCUGACGGGAUACCUUAAUCGUCAAAAGCGACGUAAUAGUUAAUUUUGAUCUCUUUCCGUCGAAACUGGUCUUCCUCAUCUGACAAUUCGUCUGUGGAACGGAAGAGUGAAUUGUGACAUCAGUCCUGAAACUGCAGCGAUUACACAAGAACACACAAGCAUUUAUAUUUCAUCACUUUGGAUUGAGCGAGUCUCAAGGCGAAUAUAAAAAUGAAACUAUCACUCUUUGGAUUGAUAUUAUUCUGUAUCACUACAACCGUUUUAUGUCAAGGUGAUAUUGAGGACAUCCCAGGCGAAGCUAAGGAUGAUGCAGACAUUCCUGUUUCCUGGCUUGACAUCUUGAGCAAGCUUUCCCAGAUCCUGAACGACAAGAACAACAAACCUGACAUCACCACACCGACCAACCAAUCAUAUCCCAAUCAGCCAAUUGACUACCAUACCGUCAAUGAUGACGAUAAUGUUGAGGGCACUGACGUGGCUACCACUGUUAUCUAUGAGUACGUGAAUGGAACCAAGUUCUGGGAGGACGAGGACGAUGGCAUACCACAUCCCGACACAGUUUCUCCUGUCAUUAGCGUCCUUGAUGAAGUCGAAAAGGAUGAUAACUCGUCUGCCGAUUCAACAAAUUCGCUGUCGAUCAACAACGAAGAAGCCGAGAUAUUACAACCUCCGUCAAAUCAAACGUCAUUCACAGACUCAAAUCUAACUCUCCAGGAAGCCCUCGCCAUUCUACGAGAUAGAAACCAACAAAAUAACUUCCAUGAUCAACAAGACGGGGAUGAAGAAAGGCAAGAACCACCUCAGAACAGCACCGACCACGCCGACAAUGUCCUCGACCAUCUCUCCGAAGAGACAUCACUAUCUCGUCUGUAUUAUCAUCAAGAUUACACGACAGAGACCAAUCAAAGUAUUUCAGAUGACAGGAACAGAACAGUCGAUAUAGAAGAUGUUGCAUCGGCGACUCCAACUCCACUAAAGUACAAUUACACUAUGGUUUCAACGAACGCUUCAUCAUCCAGACCUGAAGUUUUCGGAGAAAAUGCAUCUCGAACAGACAUGACAGAGAGACCUUCGAUGGAGACGACAUCACGACUUCUUGAAGUCAACACAACUUCCUUGGAAUCAGGCCAGGGUGAAACCCAGCAGUCGGAUAAUCUAACUCUCCAGAAUAUGAACAGCACGGCGGUAGGAAUCUCCUCGUCAUCAUCAUCAUCAUCAGCUGGAAAUCUAAACCAAUAUACCUACGAGACGGAAGAUGAAGGAGUCUCGCAAUCGUCAACCGGUAACGGUGUCGAGCCAUCGUUCGAGGCAUCCGUCGAACCAACCCCUACGGAACUCCCUCCGCAGUUCUGGGUCGUCAACGAUAAGGGUGAUGACAAUGAUUCGAUGUCGAAAGAAAACGACUUUUAUAGCAAACUUCUCCCAGCAACUGAUGAUGGUUCAACGGAAAACCUUAAAGACAACACGACACAGAAAUGCGACUGGAUGGGCAAGAGAAAUCACAAUGCUUUCAUCAACCUUGUCGACAAGAUCUGUCACAUUCUCAGACCUCUCCCGAUCUUCUUCAACAUCCUCAUGCUCAUGAUACUCGGUAUCAUGACCGUGGUCGUCUGCUGGCUCAUAUGUCUAUGCACGGUUCGAUGCCGUCGACGUCGACGCAGGAAGGGAGCUGAAGAGAAUGACAGCCUGAUUGAGGAAGGAACACGGAAAGAGAAGAAAUCGUUGCUAUAUCAGUUUAGCUAAUCAAAACCUUGAUAUAAUAUGGUUGCCAACAAUUCAUCACUGUAGAUCAAAAUUAUAGUGACGGUUGAAUUAACAUUUUUUUUAGACGGUGGGGGCAAGAAGAGGCAAAAUUUGUUCCAUAACUUAUAAUAAACGAGGCAGUGAAGCAAUUGAACCGAGCAUGGUGUUUUUUGCAUUAAGUAAUAAAACUUAAAGAUUUAGGCCCUUCUGACAAAGAGUUGCAGUUAACUUAGAUUGAUUUCAAACUGUGAGAUCAAGCUAAAUUUGAAUUUGCUAAGGACUAUCACAAGUCUUUGUAAGACGGGCUAAGUUGCAAACUUUGCACGUAUUGUCGUGAGAUGCCAAAUAAAGGAUUUGGACAUUUCUGGAGAUGGUGACAGCCAUUCAUGCUCUCCAUCCAACUUUAUCCAUAUUUUAUAUCUAAAUGAUAGGUGAACUGGGUGGAGGGUAAAACGAUUAUCAAAUCGAUAGUGUAGAUUUAUAGCUACAUUUCUUUUAAACAUUUUUUUCAGAAUUCAUUUUCUUCUGCAUGUGUAAAAGCAUAUAACUUUCUUAAGAAGGUAAAAUGUCAUUACAAUUCAUUUUUCUGCUAAAAAAUACAACCGUUGAGUGGCGGGUGACCCUUGAUAAAAUAAACAAAUAAAACGUACCGUUGAUAUAUUAUUUUAAAAUAUAUUUAAUUCACUUAAGUAAUUGACAUUCUGUAUAAAAAGUAUGGGGUUCAUGAAGUUGAUAUUUGGUUUAAGUUUAAGGUGGUGAUUUUAUAAUUAUUUCAUAUCAAUAUAACAUCCCUAAAAUGUACCAAUAUUUUCUGGCUAUACCAGGCGAAAGAGGGAUGGAGGAAAAAAAAAGGUUUUGUACUCAAGAAAUGAUAGAAGUCGGUAUCCUGAUGAUAAUGUGGGACGGGAUUAUCACUUUGAACAAUUCUCAUCAUCUGUCCAAAAUACUUUAUAGAAAAAUGUCUGAGAAUUCUAUAAAAACCUUGUUCUGAUAUAUGAAAUAUAAUAUUUGAAACCGGUCAUAAUAAACUUCAAUUUCAUCUAUCACAGAUGAUGGUGCCAAAACAAGUCACAUUCUAAACCUAUGAUAUUCUCAUGAGAAAAUAUCGCAAAAAGUUAAGCAUUCAGGACAAGAUUUUCAAAAUGGCAAACGGUUUAGAAAAUGUAUUUUCAAGUUGAAUACUGUAUAGUUAUAUAAAUAUCAUGAUCAUAAUUCUUUAUUAAAAAUAGUGUAAAAUAUUAA